CAAAUAAUUGAAAAAAGUAGCUCGAGAGAGUUGAGGACGAAGAAGGCGAAAGUGAAAGAAGAGAGAAAAUUAAGUCAUUAGCUACUUUACUAAAAAAACACAACUCUUUCACAACGAAAGAAGAAAAAAAAAAGAAAAAAAAAAGAAGAUGAGAGCUUUAGAAGAAUCUAAGAUCUCUAUUGUUCUGCUGCUUCUUUGCUUCUCAGUCUUCGUCACUUUCAGUCUCCAGGCAAAUGAGCUAACAGCACAAUCUAAAAAAAAAGGAGGAGAGGUGAGAAUGGAGCCAUUAAUGGAGGAGAAGUUUAUGGUAAUGAAUGAAACAAGAAGGAAGCUUGGGAGUUUCCAGAUAUGUUCAGUUUGCACUUGUUGUGGAGGUGUAAAAGGAGCUUGCCUACCUCUACCUUGUUGCUUUGCAAUUAACUGCAACAUCCCAAAUAGACCCUUUGGUUAUUGUUCCUUCACUCCCAAAUCCUGCAAUUGCUUUGGUUGCCAUGUCUGAGAUCUUUCAUUGUGGGCAGAGAAAGAAUAAAUCAACAAUCUUGAUUUCAUAUGCAAAGUGUGAAAGGGAAGAAAAAUGGAGUAUCUGUUCUUGGUUUGGUUCUUUAUUUUUAUUAUUUUUGUUUAUAAUUUUAUUUUCAGUCUUCUUUAAAUUUCAUUACCAACUAUCUUCAGCAACAUCAUCAUCCUCAUUAAUUAAUUAUCUUUUUACA